CGAGAACACGAACGCUUCAUAAGCUACGGUCAUAGGUUUCAGUUUGAGUUGUCGUCGAGCGAGGAUCGUGUAGUAUGUAGUUUAUCUAUUUGCGCUGCUUAAUGAGGAAUCUAUCUCAGUAUGCUGUUCAAUCCAAGCAAGACUCGAUUCAAAAGCGCCCAACAGAAUCUCAACUGCACCCAGAAAAGUUUUCACGAUUCAUCGGCAAGGGUAUGCGCAUUCCGGCAAUACAAAGCAAUGCAAUUAUAGCAAAGCAAAAUCCUACAUUCGCUACGUAUCCACAUAUGCGUCCUUUUCCCUAUUACGGUGGCUAUCCCCCACGCCCUCAGUUCUUGCCUGGUUAUCAGCAGCCACAGCAGAGCUUUACCAGCGCCUUACACUCAAUCGCGAAGAAUGACGAACUUCAAUGUGUACCAUUCCUUCUUUGCGAGUUAGUGUCAGGCCCAUCAAACGACUUAAAAGUGUCACUCCCGUUUAAUAUAGAUCUGGAUUCGGUUGUCAGAUUUCUACCAUAUAUUGGCGGUAUGGACACAUCGCCUAUUCUAUCAUUUGGUAAAGCAGUCCUCUUAGGAUACACUUCAAAAGGGAAUACUGACUCCUGCAUGUACGCAUAUCCCCACUGCCCAAGAGAUCCGGACCGUCUGAUCGAAUACCUCAAUAACUACAACGGUGGAUUCUUUAGAUUCUUUAACGGAAGACCGCAACCUGCAGGAAAUGAUUACAAUCCCUUAUUAUUGAACCAAAACACCCGUCCACAAAGAUACCCGCAGUUUAAAAACGAUCUAUUUAACAAUAACCGUAGAAUACAAAAUCAACCCAGUAAAUAUUUCACAAGGCCAAUUAAUGACGCAUUUAAGUUUCCCAGUGUCUUUGACGAUGAAGUACCUCAAGAUCCAGGGGUAAUAUUUAUCAGAAACUAUCUCGACGACAAUUUCGAGGGCAGCUUGUUUAGGAAACAGAAGGAGAUACAGUUUACAGAUAAUUAUGAGAACGGUAAUGUACGACCAACCCCAAUGGUGUUUCCUGAUAGGACAGGUACAGGCGAGUUAAUAUUAGAUGAUAACGGAGUCGUUGUAGGCGCAAGUGAUUUUGUUUAUUUUAAUAAGUAGGACUAGGGCAUUCUUCUGGCAUAAUGUGAUAAAUCAAAAUGUACGUAUUUUAAGUAUUUAUCUUCGCUUUUUGUUUUUCUUUCCAAAGUUGUUCAAUUGAAGCUUUUUAAUGUCGCACCUAAUUUCUUCUUAAUUUAGUUACUUUGAAUUUUCUUAGAUUUUAAA